AGGUUGGAGGUUCUAUGCAAAGGAGACUCUCAAUUGUUUUUCUGCCAUUGUUCCUGUAUCUGUUAUUUGCUAUUGGUUUCGUGUUCUAUUGUUAUUCAGAUAUCAGGAACAGUGUUCUAAGUAUUUCAAAUUUAGUGAUGGCAUCGAAAAUCGUAUCGAGAGAAACAAAGAGAAUGCUAGCACAGUUGAUAAUAGUCAGAAUUCUACUUCAAUGAGAACUGACAAGUCAAGGAGAUCAAAGAGGUGGAAAACAGCAUGUCAACAGCAAGCUACUGAAGCAUCAAAUAGUUUCUGUGGAAAUGACGAACAGAAUUCUGCUGUAAUUCUGAAUAGGGAUGUAUCAGUUAAUGCAGAGGAUCAUGAAUAUCAUCAGGUUACAUCAAGGAGGUCAAAGAGGUUAAAGACUGUGUCUCAACAACAAACUGCUGAAAUGUCAAAUAGUUUUUGUGCAAAUGAUGAACAAAAUACUGCUUCAAGUACAGAAGGUGAGUAUUCACAUUCAAUUGGUCAAGCAUUCUAUCAGAGAAUCAGACAAGGAUUCGCUACGGAGUAUGAAGAUUCUGGAGACAAUAUUUAUAAAUGUUCUUAUUGCGAUGCAUAUUUCUGGUUUGAAGAAGCUGUAAAACAAUCAUCUACAAAUGCAGAAAUUAUAUAUACAAAUUGUUGUCAAAAAGGACAAGUCAAGCUUCCAAAGUUCAGACCAACUCCCAAUUUUCUUAAAACAUUAUUAGAUGACAGACUUUUUAAAGAAAAUAUUAGAGUUUAUAACUCAAUGUUUUGUUUUACAUCAAUGGGAGCAGCAAUUGAUCAUAAAAUAAAUACUGGAUAUGGUCCUUAUAUAUUUAAAAUUAGUGGUCAAGUACAUCAUUUAAUAGGUUCCAUGUUACCUUCUGAUGGUGAAUCUCCUAAAUAUGCUCAGUUAUAUGUAUAUGAUACAAAAAAUGAAAUUUCAAAUCGUAUUAAUGCUAUUGAUCCUACUCAUGUUAAUCAAAAUAUCAAAUCAGAUAUCGUUGAGGGACUUAUUAAAAUGUUUGAUGAAAUCAAUGAAUUAACAAAUGAAUAUCGCAUAAUGAGAGAUAAAUGUGAAAAUUCUUCAUUACCUUCAUUUAAUAUGAGUAUACUUAAUUGCGAAUCUAUUGAUGGUAAACACUAUGAAAAACCAACAAGCGAAGAAAUUGGUGGUUUAAUUGUUGGUGACAUUGGACAAUAUAAUUCGAAUAAAGACAUAAUUAUCGAAUCAAAUAAUGGAUGCUUACAGCGAGUUUCUAAAAUACAUCCAAAAUAUAUGUCAUUACAGUAUCCAAUUCUUUUUCCAUAUGGUGAAGAUGGAUAUAAACUAGAUUUACGAAUGGAACGAAUCGGACCAAAUCAUGAACAAAAAAGAGAAAAAAUGUCAAUGCGAAGUUAUGUUGCAUAUCAAAUUCAAGAUAGAAAUUAUGAAUCAAAUACUUUAUUACAAGGUGGACGAUUGUUUCAACAAUAUUUAGUUGAUUCUUAUGCAACAGUUGAAGAAAGUUGUUUAGAUUGGAUUAGAAUGAAUCAGAAAAAUCUUAGAAGUGAAAUUUAUAAAGAUCUUUCUACUGCAGCUUCAGCUGGAAUUAAUAAAGGUAAUAACUUAGGACAAAAAAUCAUUUUACCAAGCUCUCAUACUGGAAGUCCUAGAUAUAUGAUUAAUAAUUACCAAGAUGCUAUGGCAAUUUGUAGACAAUAUGGUAAUCCUGAUUUGUUUAUAACUUUUACUUGCAAUGUUAAGUGGAUAGAAAUAUCAAGAUAUUUUGAAAAAAAUACUAAAUGUAAAGCCGAACAUAGACCUGAUAUUAUUUCUAGAAUUUUUAGAAUAAAAUUACAAAAUAUGAUUACUUAUAUCAAAUCUGGACAACCUUUUGGACAAGUUGAAGCAGAUGUUUGUACAAUAGAAUUUCAAAAAAGAGGGCUUCCUCAUGCUCAUAUGUUAUUUUGGUUGAAAAAAGAAUAUAAAUGUUAUACAGCAGCUGAUAUAGAUUCUAUUAUUUCAGCUGAAUUACCAGACAAAAAUAUUAAUCCAGAACUUUUUGAAAUUGUUAGUCAAUUUAUGAUUCAUGGACCUUGCGGACAAAUAAAUUCAAAAUCUCCUUGCAUGCGAGAUGGAAAAUGUUCUAAAUUCUUUCCUAAAUCAUAUAAUGCAAAUACUAUAUUUGAGGCAAAUUCACCUCCAAUUUAUAGACGUCGUGAUGAUUAUACGAAAUUUGUGAUAAAAAAUGGUAUUCAUAUUGGCAAUAAUUUUGUUGUACCUUACAAUUCACAUUUAUCAUUAAAAUAUAACGCUCAUAUUAAUGUUGAGUCAUGUUCUCAAUCUAUGUUAAUUAAAUAUCUAUUUAAACCCUCUAAAGUUACUAGAAUCACAUUGGGUAAAUAUGUGUGA